AGUACUUCCUACGUUUCCCAUGAACACUGUGCCGUAAUGCCACGUGACAACGUUUUAUUGGCUGCGCGCAGUCUGGAGUUUGGGUUUGAAACCAACGCGAGAAACCAUGGAAACGAACGGAGCGUCCACCAGAAAACAUAGGAGUUAAUAAGAGCUAGUGCUAACUAGAGUAGUAGAGGAAAGUAAAUAAGUUAAAUAAAUGCGGCGGUGGUUAGAACAAACUUCUGGGGGCGAGAAGAGGAAAGAGGCAGGGGAUGAGGAUAUUGAAAGCACUAGCUCUAGAGAAACGAAGAAAAGACAAUUUAAUGCCAAAUGGCUGACGGGUCGGGAAUGGCUUGUGUUUGACAAUGAACAUUUUGUCAUGUUUUGUAAGGAUUGCCGCAUGUACGCUAAAGAAAAAAAACAAAUCGAACAAUUUCGUGGUGGGAACAAAUAAUUUUAAAGUUGAGGCAGUAAAGGACCAUGAGAGUGCCCGAAGUCAUCAGGAGAGCCUAAGGAUUAAAACUGCCAAGACAGGUCGUGUUGAAGAGAGCCUUGCUGGGAAAAGCCUCGCUUUAUUGAAGACUUCUGAGUUGGAGAAGAUGCAGCUACUUUUUCGAAAUGCCCACGCCAUCGGAAAAAAGGGCAGGCCUUUCACAGACUUCGCAUGGAUGUGUGAUCCCAGGAGGCAAUGAACAUCAAUGCUGUUCUGAGGGCAAAAGCCAAGGGGUUCCUCAAAAUAGGCAAGGAUGGUGGAGUUCUCAGAUUUUGCUGCCUUCUCCAUGACACCAUCUAUCAACUGAGCAGCCUCUCCAAGUCACUGCAGAGGUCAGUGUCAACCCUGGCUGAAGCUCAGAGCUGCCUUUCCUCCACUCAGGCUGUCAUAGAAAAGUACAAGUCAAGACCUGGGCCUAAGCUGAGAGCAGUGCUGGACACAGACACCUAUGAGGGAGUCCUCCUGAACCCUACUGAUGCUGACCAACAUGACAAGGCAAAGAAUGAGCUAAUCGAUUCUCUGUGCCGGUGCAUCACUGCUAGAUUUAGUGAUGUGAACAGUGGUGUCCUGCAGGCUAUGCGGCUGACCAGUUUCCAGUGCUGGCCAGAGGCAGACACAAGUUCAGAAUUUGGUGAUGAAGAGGUAAACAAACUCAUUAGUCACUUCCAACCUAUUUUACUGUAUGCUGGAGUGGAUGUGGAGUUGAUCCCUGAUCAAUGGACAAUUCUCAAGACUGAACUGUACACAGCAGGAUUCAGCCAAGGAACCUUUGAGAAGACCUGGCCUACUGUAAACAGAAUGCUGCGCCAUCGGUGUCCGGAUGUCCUUGAUCUUUUUGAUGCUCUCCUUACCAUCCCUGCAACUACAGCUGACUGUGAAAGAGGGUUCAGUGUAAUGAAGCAGGUAAAGAGUGACUGGCGCUCACGCUUAAAAGGUGAGACCCUCUCUGACCUCCUUAAAACCCAGUUGUGCUCACCUGACAUCAAAGACUUUGAUCCAACCAAAGCCAUUGACAUCUGGCAUGCUGACAGUUUGCGCUCACGCAGGCCUGACUUUCUGCGUAAACAUGAAACAAAAGUAACAGAGUGGCUCAGGUUCUGAUAGCACCUCUGAAGAAGAAGAGCUCUGAAGAUUCAAAUGAUAGAUAGAUCCCCAAUGUUUGCACUUUCUGUGUAUAUUUAGUUGUAUAACACUUUUGAUGCUUUUCCUUCUUUUUGUUUGUUUGUUUUUACCUGCUAGUGACUACCCAUUUCAGUACAAGCUCAAAAUAACAUUGAACCAUCCACACAGGAAAUGCAGGAUUGUUGCAUCCUGCAUGUUGUAUGAUGACAUUAACGUGAUCACUUUCAGGAGAUUGAUUCCAUGGAUCAUCAGUGGUAAACAGGACACGUCAUAGAAAUGAUUGUUGUGAUGGAAUGUCAGCAGAAACGGUUGAGACGUUUGUUGAGACAAGCUAAUGAUUGUUGCCUAACUGGCAUAUUGUUGUUAUUAGCCAUUUACAAUAAAUCGUGUCCUUACUUAGUCACGUGUUGGUGAUUUCAC